AACUUCCAUCAGGACUCUGAGGCCGGUAUUAACAAACAGAUUAACCUCGAGCUCCACGCGUCCUAUGUGUACGAACAGUUGGCAUGGUACUUUAACCGUGACGAUGUAGCACUGGGUGGUUUCCACGAUACUUUUAAGGCUCGAGCUGACGAGGAGCGUGGCCAUGCUAGAAAGUUUAUGGAGUACCAAAACAAACGCGGCGGUCGUGUUGUGUUGCAGGACAUCCAGAAGCCGGUGAAACAGGACGGCUGGUCACCCCUGGAGGCCAUACAGGCGUCGCUACAGUUGGAGAAGACCGUAAACCAGGCCCUACUCGACCUCCAGGCCAUCGGCAACCGAACCAAUGAUCCGGAGUUUACGGACUUUAUUGAGUCGGAGUUCCUUCACGAACAGGUGGACGACAUUAAGAAACUCUCAGAUCACGUGACAAACUUGAAGCGCGUGGGCAAUGGUCUCGGAGAGUAUCUCUUCGACAAAAAGACCUUAAGUUAG